AUGACAGGACUAUCUCUCGCAGGGCGCACAGCCUUCAUCACCGGCGGCUCGCGCGGUAUCGGUCUCGAGAUUGGCAAGUCGCUUGCCUCGCGCGGGGCCAACGUGAUCAUCGCGGCGAAAACCGCCUCUCCACACCCCAAGCUGCCUGGGACGAUCUACACGGCGUGCGACGAGAUCGCCUCCGCAGCCUCGAGCGCAGGCAGCGACGCUGUCGCGCAUCCUGUGCAGCUGGAUAUUCGCGAUGCCGGUGCGGUGGAGACAGCGAUCAACGACGCAGCGGCGCGGUUUGGGGGGUUGGACAUCGUCAUCAACAAUGCGUCGGCGAUCAAUAUGGCCCCGACCCACACCGCGAGUGUGAAGAGCUACGACCUGAUGAACGGCAUCAACUCGCGCGGGACGUGGCUGGUGAGCCGCUUUGCGCUGCCCCACUUGCUCGAGUCGGCAGAGAAGAACCGCAACCCGCACGUCGUGACGCUCUCCCCGCCGCUCAACUUCAACACCCUGUCCACCACCCCUGGGUCUGCAUCCAGUCAACUGCCCCCCAUCUUCCCGCAACAAUUUGCGCAGACCGCGUCCGCCUAUACGAUCGCCAAAUUCGGCAUGAGCCUGCUCACCCUCGGCCUCGCCGCCGAAACGUUCGGCAAGAUCGCAGUCAACUCGCUCUGGCCCUACACGCUCAUCGCCACGUCGGCCAUGAAGAUCGUCAGCAAGGACGCGGCUGUGCAGGAACGCCGCUGGCGCAACCCCUCCAUUGUCGCCGAAGCCACCGCCCGGCUCGUCGAGGAAAAUGCAGAGUCCUUCACCGGCCAGUUCUUGGUCGACGAACUCUACUUGCGCCAGAAAGGGCUUACGUUGGAUCAAAUUAAGAAAUUCAAUGUCGACGAAAGUACACCCCUCGACAACCUCGCUGAAGACCUCUACAUCAGCCAAGAGCUCAGAGACGCCAUCCAGGCCAGUCGACAGUAG